GUGUGUGUGUGUGUGUGAUUGACAGAUGAGGAGGUGUGUGUGUGUGCUGGUCUUGCUGCUGGCAGGUGUGUGUUUGCAGGAAGUGGACUGCAUCCUGCUGAUGGAGGUGACUAGUGAGGUGGUGCCACGCUCCACCGUCCCCACCCGUCACCAUGGCAACCUCGCUCGACUACCUGGACUGUGUCGGAGACUAAGGAGACGUCGCCUCAGCUACUUGUGCCACAAGGGACAGUUCUGCUGGGGGGUGCUAGACCAUGGGCAGGCCAGUGGUCAGGUGUGUCCAUGUCCACGAGGCUCCAGGUGCUCGCGUGUAUUCAUCCACAGCCUGUGAGCGCCAUCUUGUCUCCUUUUCAAGUGAAGAAUCACAUACGUCUUCUAAGUACUAAGCACUUAGUACUAAUAGUAGUAAGUAGGUCCCUUUCUAAAGGUAGAUCCUGUGUGGGCCUCGUGGAUCAUGAGGACGACACAGACUUGUGUGAAGAAAUGCAUGUCAAAUGUCAAUCAAUAAUUGUAUGUAUGUAUAUUAUAUGCAUGUAACAUGUACAUGUACAUACAUACAUACACACACACACACACAUA